UAAAGUAUACCUAGACAACCCUAAUGGCGGCGCUUCGGUUAGGUUAGAUUAACUAUACGUUUAGUAGACGUUUCCUUUUCUUUAUUUUGUUCAAGAACUACCGUGAAUCAAUAACUAGUGACGUUUGGCACUCGGCGGCCCGCCGGCGGUUCCCCUCCGGGAGGAGUCCGUCGGGACCACGAAGAGUCGGAAACGCCGCCAUUGGGGUUACCUAGCUAAUGUGAAAGAAAAUUGUGUAUAAUGGCAAGGUACUCAAGUAAGGAGCGAUAUUCAUAUUUGCAGCAAUUAGUUACUGAAUUUCAAGAUUCUUCAUCACAAGAUGCAAAGAAGCAGGUUUUAGCUAAUCUUGGAAACUUUGCAUACGAUCCCAUAAAUUAUGAUCAUUUUAGGAAUUUAAAUAUUAUUGCUCUCUUUUUGGAUCAACUUGAUGAAGAAGAUGAAGAGUUAGUAGAGUUUGCAAUUGGAGGAUUGUGUAAUUUAUGUUUAGAUAAGAAAAACAAAGAUUUUAUCUUGCAAAAUAGUAAUGUGAAAAAGAUUGUAAAUUGUCUCUCUAGUCCAAGAGAAGAAACUGUUCUAUCUGCACUUACUACUUUAAUCUUUCUUGUAACUCCUGAAUCAAAAUCAGAGAUAGUGACACCAUCUGUUGUGGACUGCAUCAUCAGAUUUCAGAAAAGUUCAAAUAAAAGACUCAGUAAUUUAGCAAAUGUUUUCUUAGAAGAUUACUGUACUCAUCAACAGAUUGAAGCAGUAAAAAAAUUAAAACCGGUUGUCAGUUCAACAUCAUCAUCAUCAUCAUCAUCAUCAGAAGAUACUUUUAAGUCGUGAUGAUCAAUUCUAUAGUAAUAACUUAUGUAAAAAAGUAUUUCAGAUUUUUGAAGCUUUUAUUAGCAAUAUCAUUAUACUCAUUUAGGAUUAAUGCAAGUGUAAUUCAACACAAUAAGGAAAAUAUUUAUUGAAUGAGCAAUAAUUAUUCAUCAUAAGCAACAUUUUAAAAAAUAUUGAUCAUUACUUACAGUAUGUACACUGUGUCUACUAAAUAUUAUUAAUGAUAAUAUAAUUUUUCUAAAAUAUUUAUAUUAUUUUUAUCAGUUUAUAAUGAAUAUAUUAACUUUUAUUAAUACAGGGUCAUCAAAUGAAAAGUUCAGUUGCAAAGAUUAGACUUGGCAAUGCUAGCAAGUUUUUGUCCUGUAGUCACUAAGAGGGCCUGUUUUACUAUGUCCAUCAUAGGUUCAGUCAGGCCUAUGAGAUUGAAUGGAUGGAGAGAGAUGAGGCCCAACACACUCAAAACAGACUAUCUAAAGUCUUCCACCUGGACUCAAACCCAGAGUGCCUGAUGCCUUUUUAGUCUCAACUAUCUGGCUGUCUGUCAAUGAGAAAUUUGGAUGUCAUCAUUUGAGUCCAUAGUAAAUAAAUGUUCCGAAAUUUAAGUGUUAAGCACAUGGCAAUAACAAACAUGGCCAGUUUACAGCAUUAUUGAGUCUACUCCUUACAAACAAACUUUUCAUUUGACCAUUCUAUAAAAGUAUUAUGCAUUUUCUGAAAUGCAAAUGGAGAUGUUAUUGUGAAAAGUAGACAAAUUAUUUUUCUGGAUUUAUAAUGAUGAUUUUAUUUGAAGUGCUAAGUUCUGUUUUAUGGAACUUUCCUGAAUUUUAAAUUAUAGAUGAUUCUUAUUCUUUAUUUUUAUUUAUUUGUAUAAAUUUUUUGCUCUUGAUAGAAGAUAAAAUUAAAAGUUAAAGAGUUAUAUAGUAAAAAACUAUGUCAAUUUUUAAAUUAUUUAAAAUUUAAGCAGUUUAAUUUUGAUCUAUAUUUAAUUGUUCUAUGAACUUGGAAAAUUCUGCAAGAUUUAUUGCUAAAUUGGAAAUAAAGUUUUUCUCUUUUAA